CUCACAGAGAGGAAAAAGAAACAGCGGCACAGACAAAAUCAACAAUACUCUCCUAAAGAUCCACAUCUUCGGACAAACUGCUCCAGCUCACUCUUUUUUUUUUGCGACACUGAGUUACAAGAAAAUCCUGUUUUCAAAAUGCCUCGCAUUGAGAAUGACAUAAAACUGGACUUUAAGGAUGUGCUGCUGCGCCCGAAGCGGAGCACACUCAAGUCCAGGAGCGAGGUAGACCUGAUGAGGAGCUACACUUUCAGGAACUCCAAGGGCAGCUACAGAGGGAUCCCCAUCAUCGCUGCUAACAUGGACACUGUGGGGACCUUCGAGAUGGCCCUGGCUUUGCACAAGUUCACUCUCUUCACUGCCAUUCACAAACAUUACUCCGUGGACGACUGGUCGGAGUUCGCAAAAAAGAAUCCUGAAUGCCUGAAGAGCGUAGCCGUCAGCACGGGCACCGGCGAGGGCGACUUCGAUAAGAUCUCGGCGGUGGUGGCGGCGGUGCCGGAGCUGCAGUACAUCUGUGUGGACGUGGCCAACGGAUACUCUGAGCACUUUGUUCACUUUGUCAAAGACGUCAGGGAGAAGUUCCCCUCCCACACUAUCAUGGCAGGUAACGUGGUGACAGGAGAGAUGGUGGAGGAGCUCAUCCUGGCUGGCGCUGACAUCAUCAAAGUCGGCAUCGGACCAGGCUCUGUGUGCACCACCCGCAAGAAGACGGGGGUGGGGUACCCCCAGCUCAGCGCUGUCAUCGAGUGUGCAGAUGCAGCCCACGGCUUGGGAGGCCACAUCAUCUCUGAUGGGGGAUGUACUUGCCCCGGAGAUGUCUCAAAAGCUUUUGGCGCUGGAGCGGACUUUGUUAUGCUGGGCGGCAUGCUUGCUGGACACUCGGAGAGCGGGGGAGAGGUUAUUGAGAAAAACGGCAAGAAAUACAAGCUGUUCUACGGAAUGAGCUCCGACACGGCGAUGAAGAAACAUGCAGGAGGUGUAGCCGAGUACAGAGCGUCUGAGGGGAAGACGGUGGAAGUUGUUUACAAAGGUCCGGUGGAGGAAACCAUACGAGACGUCCUGGGAGGAGUCCGCUCCACCUGCACCUACGUUGGGGCUGGCAAACUGAAGGAGCUGAGCCGCAGGACCACCUUCAUCAGGGUCACCCAGCAGCUCAACACCGUCUUCGGCAACGACAGCUGAACGUCCUUCAGGUCAAAGGAAAAGUCUGCAACACUGCCUGUUCUCUCUCACUCCCGGAUGCUGCUUGAGCAGGUGUAAAAACAAGUGAGCAGACAUGAGUAUUAAAGAGAUAGUUUGGAUAUUUUUGAAGUGGGGUUGCAUGAGGUACUUAUAGUCAGUGUAUUACCUGCACUAGAUGACUGUCAGCACACACUCAGUUUGUGGAAACAGACAGGAGAACUGACACAGAUGCUAAUAAAUACACUGCUGUGAAUGAGGGCAACAGCUAAAUGUAUUUUAUCCACCUCAUAAGGCGAUAUUUAGAAUACUUCCACCACUAAACCUUGCUGUCAGACAGACAUUUUUGGUGGGAAAAUGAAACCAUAAUAUCCAUCGAGGGUCUCUGCCAUCUAAAACCACUAGAUUGCUUUGAUAAAAAUACUAAUUUUACUUCACUUGCUGGUCUGCCACAGCCUUGAUCAGUUAGAUUGUUUUAUUGUGUGACAAACUAACUAGCCAGCAACAAGCUCCUGUGUUUUGCAUGGUAGAAUGACUGUUUUUGUCUGGUAGUAGUCUGGUGGAUUUGAAGAGAGCAAAGAUAAGUUUCCCUACAGAAAGGUUUGUCUAAUGGCAAAAUAAAGUUUGAAAAUAUACGUAAAAUAGUGUCCCCCAAACUGAUAUUGUUUUGGGUAGUUUUUGCUCAUUUUAGGUGGAUAAAAUAUGUCCACAGUAGUACAUUGCUUAUACUACUGUAGGUAACACACUGACUAUGGAUAAGUACCUCAUAAAAGAUAUCCAAACCAUCCCUUUAAUGCUUAAAACAUGGUCCCUUUACUACCCUUAUUCAUAUUUUUUAACCCAUAAGGAAGGAUUCAAUGCAAUUUUAGUAUAUUGGGUUUCAACUUCACUGACAUUAACAGAGAUUUCUUUCGUUACAUUCACAAUCGAUUCAGAGUCGAUUUAGACUCCAAGUGUUACUUUUGCCAUGCUAUCUACAAGUGUUUCAGGGGUCAGGUUGUCUCCAGACAGUAAACUGGAACAGAACGUCUCCAGCUUUCUGCUGUCUCAUCGUUCCAAUGCAAGGUCCAUAGUUGUCUUUUUAUGCAAAUAGCUGUGUUUUAUCUACAAUGUGUCUUUACACCCAUACUGUAAGCCUUUGUCACACACAUUACAUUUUAGCAAAUGUCUUAAAUUACUUAGAAAGUGCUCAAUAUAUAUGCAGCUGCUGUGGCUAAUUAGGAAACCGAUCACAUCAUUCCACCACAUUUUGCACUUUAAUUAUCUUUUAAUUUGAGCUCUAAUAUUGCAUUUCACUUAUUGUUUUAUAGAAAUGUUUUGAAACAGUGAAUUAGAUAUUUGGAGACCUCUUAUAUGGACCAGUAUGUGCUGAAUGCUACAGUACAGUACUAGAGCACAUACAGUACAUUACAAUGAUGUGCUGAAUUUAUAGCAUAGGUGUUAUUUAACAUAAAUAUAUGCAGCUUUUCUUCCUCUCUGGUUCCAGCUGCUGCUGAUCAGUACCAAAGUUUGUGUGGGCUUAUGUUAGUGAUGUGCACAUUUUAAUUAUGAUUCAUUAUAGCCUUUGAGUUAAGGGGUCAUUCCUUGGAGGUUUCACUUCACACUGUCUGUAGUUAAACAAUGUCAAGCUGUUCUUUCAUGGUCUGUGCUGUUCCAUUUUCUUAUUGUAACAUUGGUGGGAAAAUGUGUUAUUGAUAUGCAGUUUUUAAAUUCACUUGUUUUAAACAGUCAAUAAAAACAUUCCACAUCCUUAAAA